AUGGCGGGCCCGGGCCCGGGCGCGUCCCUGGAGUCCCCGCGGCAGCUGCUGGGCCGCGUGCGCUUCCUGGCCGAGGCGGCGCGGAGCCUGCGCUUGGGGAGGCCGCUGCCGGCCGCGCUGGCCUUCGUGCCGCGGGAGGUGCGCUACAAGCUGGCCCGGGACCCGGCGGGCAAGGCGCGCGUGCUGCUGCCGGUGUGGGAGGCCCGGGGCCUGGGGCUGCGCGUGGGCGCCGCGGCGGGGCCGGCGGCCGGGGUCGGGGUCGGGCCGGGGCCGCUGGGCGCCGCCCACGACAGCAUCGAGCUCCGGCGCGACGCCUGCCUGCGCGCCACGGGCGAGGAGCUGUGCAACGGCCACGGGCUCUGGGUCAAGCUCACCAAGGAGCAGCUGGCCGAGCACCUGAGCAAUGACUGCGGCCUGGACGAGGGCUGGCUGCAGGUGUGCCGGUCGGCGGAGGGCUGCCAGCGCCUCGUCCCCGUCGACACCCACGACCACCUGCAGCGCCAGCAGCAGCUCUUCGGGGUGGACUACCGGCCCGUGCUCAGGUGGGAGCAGGUGGUGGACCUGACCUACUCGCACAGCCUGGGCCCCGGGCCGCAGCCCGCUGAGGCCUACGUGGAAGCGGUGCAGAGGCUCCUCUAUGUGCCCCCCACCUGGACCUUCGAGUGCGACGAGGACCUGAUCCACUUCUUAUUCGACCACCUGGGCAAGGAGGAUGAGAAUCUGGGGAACAUGAAGCAGUAUGUGGAGAGCAUAGAUGUGUCCUCCUACACGGAGGACUUCAAUGUGUCCUGCUUGACGGACAACAACGUCAACACCUACUGGGAGAGCGAUGGGUCCCAAUGCCACCACUGGGUACGGCUGACCAUGAAGAAGGGCACCAUCGUUAAGAAACUGUUCAUUACCGUGGACACCACAGAUGACAACUUUAUGCCCAACCGUGUGGUAGUUUUCGGGGGAGAAGGGGACAACCUGAAGAAACUGAGUGACGUGAGCAUUGACGAGACUUUGAUCGGAGAUGUCUGCAUCCUGGAGGAUAUGACUGUCCACCUCCCCAUCAUCGAGAUCCGCAUCGUGGAGUGCCGAGAUGAUGGGAUUGAUGUGCGGCUUCGAGGGGUUAAGAUCAAGUCCUCUAGACAGCGGGAGCUAGGGUUGAACGCAGACCUGUUUCAACCCAGCAACCUAGUUCGAUACCCUCGCCUGGAAGGUACCAAUCCAGAAAUACUGUACCGCAGAGCUGUUCUCCUGCAGAGAUUUAUAAAGAUCCUGGAUAGUGUCCUGCACCACUUGGUACCUGCCUGGGACUACACACUGGGCACCUUCACUGAGAUUAAGCAAGUGAAGCAGUUCUUGCUGCUUUCGCGCCAGCGGACAGCUCUGGUGUCCCAAUGCCUGCGAGACUCUGAGAGCAGCAAGCCCAGCUUCAUGCCCCGUCUGUACAUCAACCGUCGCCUUGCCAUGGAGCACCGUGCCUGCCCCUUAAAGGACCCUGCCUGCAAGAACACAGUCUUCACCCAGGUUUAUGAAGGCCUCAAGCCUUCUGACAAGUUUGAAAAGCCGUUGGAUUACAGGUGGCCCAGACACUACGACCAAUGGUGGGAGUGCAAGUUUAUCGCAGAAGGCAUCAUUGACCAGGGUGGUGGUUUUCGGGACAGCCUGGCAGACAUGUCGGAAGAGCUGUGCCCCAGCUCAGCAGACACCCCCGUGCCCCUGCCCUUCUUUGUGCGCACUGCAAAUCAGGGCAAUGGCAUUGGUGAGGCCCGGGACAUGUAUGUGCCCAACCCAUCCUGCCGAGACUUUGCCAAGUACGAGUGGAUUGGACAGCUGAUGGGGGCUGCCCUUCGGGGUAAGGAGUUUCUGGUGCUGACUCUGCCUGGGUUCGUAUGGAAGCAGCUGUGUGGGGAGGAAGUGAGCUGGUCCAAGGACUUCCCAGCUGUGGACUCCGUGCUGGUGAAGCUCCUCGAAGUGAUGGAAGGAAUGGACAGGGAGACCUAUGAGUUCAAAUUUGGAAAGGAGUUAACGUUUAGCACUGUGCUGAGUGACCAGCAGAUGGUGGAGCUGAUCCCUGGGGGUGCCAACAUCGUGGUGGGCUAUGAGGAGCGAUCCCGUUUCAUCCAGCUCGUGAAGAAGGCACGCCUAGAGGAGAGCAAGGAGCAGGUGGCAGCCAUGCAGGCAGGUCUCCUGAAGGUGGUGCCACAGGCUGUACUGGACUUGCUGACAUGGCAGGAAGUGGAAAAAAGGGUGUGUGGAGACCCCGAGGUGACAGUGGAAGCUCUGCGCAAACUCACCCGGUUUGAGGAUUUCGAGCCAUCUGACACGCGGGUGCAGUACUUCUGGGAAGCACUGAACAACUUCACCAACGAGGACCGGAGCCGCUUCCUGCGUUUUGUCACUGGUCGCAGCCGUCUGCCAGCUCGGAUCUACAUUUACCCUGACAAACUAGGCUGUGAGACCACAGAUGCACUGCCCGAGUCUUCGACAUGCUCCAGUACCCUCUUCUUGCCACGCUAUGUCAGUGCCAAGAUUUGUGAGGAGAAACUCCGCUACGCAGCGUACAACUGUGUGGCCAUCGAUACUGACAUGAGCCCAUGGGAGGAAUGAGGUGGUGCCACUGGCUACUCAGGGGCCCACAAGAGGAAAUCUUUAAUGAAGACUUCUUCCCUGAGCCAUGUUGAGUCUGCUUUCAACUUGAGCUGCCGUGUGCAGAGAAAACCAGUGCCCAGCGUGUAUUACCGCUGUGUGCAGUUCAAAGAGAGGCAAAGGUUGACUUGGGUCCAGUCCCGAGUGUGAAUGUGCGGGGGCUCCACUCUUAGCCUCCAUGCCAGGAAACCUUCUCGGAGCCUGGCACCAGCUGUCGUCCAUCCUGAGCUACUUGAAGGGGCUUCUAGCUCCCCAUUCAUGGACUUGAGACUUGAUGCUGUGCUUUUUCCUCUUUUUGCUGCCUUGUCUCUGGCUUCAGCCUAGACUUGACAUUGCAAACUCUGGAGGAUAGUGGGGAAGGAAAAGAGCAUUCUCCACGGCCACCCAUCUAGGGAGGAAGCAGCGGCUGAAGUCCCCCUCCCUCAAGACUCCACCUUCCAUCCCCAAAGGGCUGACUAUCCUUCUAUCUAGUCGCAUCAACAAAGUCCCAUCUCCUUCCAUGCCACAGAACCUAUAACUGCUCACCAUUAAACAUUAUACCAUUGCACCCCAUUCCACCCACACUCUGCAGCUCCUUCUCUCUGACUCUCCAGAUGCCAUUUCAUCCCCAAGAUUUUGUACUAGUUAAUGCUAUUUUUCUAAAAUCUUCAAUCAUUCCCCUUUAUCUCUGUUGAAUGUAGCACUGCUUCUAGCCCUUACCCACCUCCCUGCCCCAGUCAUCUCUGCCCUGCCUUCGGCCAUAACACUCCAUCAUAAGUCUUGCACAUGAAAAAGUAUAAUGAAUAAAUAAUAAUAACUAGUUUGCUG